AUGGCGGACGGCAUCUUGCUCCUCGGCUCCGACUUGGGCUUCGGCAUGAACGCGUUCGUGGGCGGCCUCGUGGGGCUGCACAUGUUGGCGCUGUUCUACUGGCUCGUCAAGUUCCUGCAAGAAAGCUCCAAGACGGCCAAGCACGCUUCGAUCAAGAAGCGCCAGUGA